AUGAGUGAACAACCCGCAAGUGUAGCCCAAAAUCCCGGAACUAGUUUAAAAAAAAAAAAAACGGUAAUGGGUCCCAGACCUUUGCCUACUAUCCCAAAUACAUCGCAGACGCAAAUUCAUACGAGAUCAGACAGCAGCGGCCACACGUCGACCAACACCGAUAAUAAUACCUAUCAAUCAAAUGAUGCAAGCAAUAAUGCUAUACCACCCUUUCCACCACUUAUCGCUCCUAAACCGCAUAGACCGGUGCCGACUGUACAAGAUACAUUGGAUCGAUCUAUAAAUGAAGGUUAUUUGGACAAUGCUAAUACUUCUAUUGCAUCUCAGCAAUACCAGUACCAGGAAGUCGAGUCUCAUGUGCCAAGAUCGUCGAGUCCUUUGGGUCAUACUGAAGAGCAGGUUAAUCAACAGCAAAUAGAUUUUGUAGCAAUACAACAAGAAAAUUUAAAUGAUCCCUACUUAAAAUUGGGAAACAUACAAGUUGGGCAACCUCAGUAUUCUCAGUCUAAUUCACAGGACGCUGCACAAAAAGCUCAGAUCACUGUAACUUCACCAUACGAUAAUCAAUAUCUGCUCAACAAUAACGGAUUAUCCACUCAAUCUUCUCAAAUUCAACCUUGGUCCGGUCCUCCUAACCCUGGAUAUAACGGUAACAGUCUCGGUCUCCCGAUAAACAACGAAUUUAGUAAGCCAAAUAAUUUGCUUUCAAGCGGAUCAAGAUCAUUAUCAAGUAGUCCCAACAAUGGGCAUUUACAACCUCAGCGUCCCCGCUCUUAUUCUCCCGGAUAUAGCCGGUCGUCGUCCCCCUCUGCCGCAGUAGGGUUUGGCCCUGAUGGCGUUCCGGUUGGUCCAGAUGGAACGCCUCUUCCCCCCGCCUUGGCCGGCGGCAAUCGUUUAAGUUGGCAUUCACCACGAUCAUCACCUGAGCCCAAUAGUCGAAUGUCGAUGUUUUCGACAAAUUCUCGUGCAUCAUACGUUCCCGGUCUCAGAUUAGCUAUUGAUGAGAAGAAUGCGCGUCGAAUGACAAAAAUAUCGUUCACGCUGGCCAGUGAUGAAGCCGCGUUAGAACGUUAUCGAGACGCUGCGCGUAAGACAAAUGAUCCAAAAGUACAGGCUGAUUAUGCUAAAUUCCUGAUAGAAAUGUCCGAAUCUUAUCAGCCGAAUGGUCACAACAAUAGCAAUCACUUAAAUGUCAAUCGGUCAGCGACGUAUGACAAAUUGGUAGAUGAAGCCGUUUAUUGGAUAGACAAACUCGCUAAGAUAAACUAUGGUGAGGCUUUGUAUAUUAAAGGUACAUGGUACGAAAAGGGAAUAUUCAAAAAAGAACAAAACCAUGACAAAGCAUUAAGAUGCUAUAGAAGUGCGUCCAUACAAGAUCAUGCGAAGGCGAAUUACAAAUUAGCCGAGAACUACGAAAAAAAGAAGGAUUAUCCAAGAGCAUGUCAAUUUUACAAGAAAGCGGCAUCCUUGGGAGAUCCUAAUGCAUUAACAAGAAUGACACUUGUCUUUAUGACUGGCAGUCUAAGGCAAGAGGUGGAUUAUAAACAGGCGUUAAUAUAUCUCAAACAAGCAGCGGCAAAGGCUAAUGAGGACUGUCCUGAGGGCGCAUACAUAUAUGGUAUGAUGUUAGCCAAAGAAUGGAAAACAGUAAAGGUACCAGAUGAUUUGGUAACACCUGACCACGAUGCAGCUAGAGAAUACAUCCAGCGUGCAGCACAUUUGGGUUAUCCUCCUGCCUUAUAUAAAAUGGGGGUAUGCCAUGAAUAUGGUGCUUUGGGAUGUCCAUAUGAUCCAACAAUGUCUGUGCAAUAUUAUGAGCGCGCUGCCGAAAAAGGGGAGGUCGAGGCCAAUAUGGCGCUAUCUAAAUGGUAUCUCUGUGGUGCUGAAGGAUAUUUCGAACAGAAUGAAGCAUUAGCAUACCAGCAUGCUGAGAAAGCAGCCUCAAAAGGAUUACCUGCUGCAGAAUUUGCGAUGGGAUAUUUCCAUGAAGUUGGAGUUUUUGUACAGGCGGAUUUGCAAAAAGCUAAUGCCUGGUAUACAAAGGCUGCUGCUCAUGGAAAUGUAGAUGCUAAAAGUCGUCUUGGACGUGGCGGGACUAUUACUCGACGUGAGCAUGAGGAAAAAUUAAAGAAUCAGAAAUUGAACAAUAAAAAAGAGAAGAAAGAUAAGGAUUGUUGUAUACAGUAG